UGUCCUUUUUGAUGGGUUGAAAAUCCUGACUAAAUAGCACCAAGUAGCCUAAUCUCAAUAUAACAAAACAUCGCUGGAUUUCACAGUGCACAAUGUGCAAUCAACGCAAUUAGAUCAAAUGAACAAGCACAGGAUGAACUCAUUAGGUAACGCCGCGUCCCCGAUGUGACUUCUGGCAUUUGCAGUUCAAGCUUCUGCAAAGGAAAAUCAAAUCAAUCUUCACUGGUCCCGCCAGCAUGUGAUGGAAAGCUAAUAAAAGACCCUCGGGCACGACCGGUCAUUUCAUGAAGCACGUAGUGUGAUCAGUUGUGAAAGGUUUGAACCAGGAUAACAGACUCGCGUGCGCACGCCGAUUGGUGGAUCCGGCUCCUCGCUGUCGUUUCGAUAUAAAACCGUGCUUUUUGAUCAAUUGUCGUUGGAUUUGCACGAUGUCGUGGAAAUAUACUUUUAAUGAGAUUUGUGCCAGAGGAAAACAGACAAAGAACGAGCUCAACAAAUCACAGCAGUAUUGAUAUUGAGUUUGGGGGGGAGAGGCUGAUGCAAUCGAGCGCAAGGUCUUUCAUUUGACAUUGAACGUUCGCAAAUGUAAACAACAUGGAAAGAUGUUGGCACAAACUCACUGGGGAACAGAAAGGAAAACGAUGAAAUAGGGUUAUGUUUUUCAUAUUAUUCUUUUUUUAAAUCAUGUCUCGUGUGGUAGGUUAGAUAAAAAUAUAUUUCGAUAGAGGCAUGCAUAAUGUUACAACAUUGCAUAUUGUAGAUAAUGCACUUUAACGAAAUAUGAUGUAAAUGUGCGCUCAUGUUUUAUAAAAAAAAACUAUUUUUGAUAUCAACACGAUAGAUGAAAAAAGAGCAUUUUCAACUAAAUGGUUGGAGAACACUAUCACCAUAUUUUGAGGACAGAAUAUUGUAUCGACUGCAUGAGGGACAUUUGGUUGGUUGGCAUCGUGGGCAACUUUUUCUGUAUGAGGGGGAGCUUUUUUCAGCCGUUGCUUGAUAAGAUCCGCCAUAGGCAUUGUCCCUUCACUUUCAGAUCGAUUUCUACAUCCCGUGAACUCUGUGCUUGCAACCGCUGGGGAACAUUCGCUGUUGCCGACAUGAUGCAGAGAGACCAUCUGUACUUUUAAGUGCAGCUUCCAUGGUUUUGAAAUGAGGGAAAGAUUUUCCUUGUUAGGGAAAACAUGCUUGUUUAUAUACCGCGGACUCUAGACAGCAAAUCCCACUAAAAAUACUCCAAAAAAGGCCAACUCACGAAAUGCAUUUCCCCCCUCAAAGUAUGGACAUGUGGCGGUGAAGAUGGGGGACUGGAACUUGUUGGGGAGCAUUUUAGAGGAAGUUCACAUUCACUCCACCAUCGUGGGGAAAAUCUGGCUGACCAUCCUGUUCAUAUUCCGGAUGUUGGUUCUCGGCGUGGCGGCCGAGGACGUUUGGUUGGAUGAGCAGAGCGAGUUCGUCUGCAACACGGAUCAACCGGGAUGCAAGAACGUUUGCUACGACCAGGCGUUCCCGAUAUCGCUGAUACGCUUCUGGGUGCUCCAGAUCAUUUUUGUGUCGUCGCCUUCGUUGGUCUACAUGGGACACACACUGUACCGACUGAGGUCUUUGGAGAAGGAGAGACACAAAAGAAAAAUCCAGCUCAGGGCCGAGCUGGAAGAGACGGAGACCCUGCUAUUGGACUACAAGAAGUUGGAGAAGGAACUUAGGUGGUUAGAAGAGCAGAGGAAAAUGAAGAAGGCUCCGUUGAUGGGCUCUUUACUCCGCACAUAUAUUAUUCAUAUCCUUACUAGAUCAGUUUUGGAGGUGGCGUUCAUCGUGGGACAGUAUAUCUUUUAUGGCAUAGGAAUGGAUCCUUUGUACAAGUGCGAGAGGGUGCCUUGCCCUAACAGCGUGGACUGUUACGUCUCCAGGCCGUCAGAGAAGACCAUCUUCAUGGUCUUCAUGAUUGUCAUCGCAGGGGUUUCUUUGUUUCUGAACCUCUUGGAAAUAUCCCACUUAGGGGUGAAGAAAAUCAAACAGACUCUAACUGGUCUCCAGCUCGCUGAGGACGACAGUCUUUGCAAACCCAAGCAAUCGAACAUUCAGCAGCUGUGCGUGACGACAUACUUGUCGCCCCAUAAAAACCUGCAGUUGAAGACUUUUAUCCCUCAGGGGCAAAUAGACCCUGAAACGUUGUUCCUGACCGGCGCUUGCGUGGGCUCGAGCAACGACAUGCCAAGAUACAACAGUUUUGCCGCAGCCACCCUACCAGUGUCCUGCGUGACCCAACAACCUCGCCAAAUGCGUCAGCCCAUGCAGGGCAUGAUUCAUGAACUGCAUUCGCAAGCUUCCAUGGACCAGCUAGAUGACAGUCGUAACCAGCAUCUAGAAAGCAGUAAUGGCUCAGAGAGGGACAUCAGACCUUUAAACUCGGGUCAUUUGGGUUAUAAAGGUCAGCACGCCCAAGGGCCUUGCCAUACUGAAAUACCAGCCUGCCUUCGCAACGCUCUGCACAGGCCCAGCCGCGUGCCGGACCUGGGGGAUGACGUUAUGGAUUCCUCCGAGAGCGACUUCUACCUGCAAAACAGGAAAGCCAGUUUCAUGGCCCGUGUGCCCUCAGACAGCGUGUCCGGGAGUCCGUCCUGUCCCUCCACCAGGAGCACAGAGUCCGAAUUGGGUUCGCUCAGCGACCUGCCCAUGAACCCACCACCAGGGGGACGCCGGAUGUCUAUGAGUGUGUUCUUGGAUAUCUCUUCAAUCAUGAAGAAGUGAAAUGAAGAUGGACAGAAGGACACCGGGAAUGUAACAGGCCGUUCACGAGCAGAACUGAAUGGAGAUAAACGCAGCU